AUGGAGGCCGCCGGCCAGAUCAACUGCAACGGCCACUCCGGGGUCCUCGAGGGCUUCUGCCUCAAGCCCACCAUCGCCGCCGGCGACCCGCUCAACUGGGGUGCCGCCGCCGAGUCCCUCUCCGGGAGCCACCUCGAGGAGGUGAAGCGCAUGGUGGAGGAGUUCCGCCAUCCCCUCGUGCAGCUGGAGGGCGCCGACCUGAAGAUCUCUCAGGUGGCCGCGGUGGCCGCAGCCGGCGCCGCCGCCUCACUCCGGGUGGAGCUCGCCGACUCUGCCCGUCCUCGCGUCAAGGCCAGUAGCGACUGGGUCAUGGACAGCAUGAACAGGGGGACUGACAGCUACGGCGUCACCACGGGCUUCGGUGCAACGUCCCACCGCCGCACCAAGCAGGGCGGUGCCCUCCAGAAGGAGCUCAUCAGGUACCCCGUCUCCUCCCGCAUGCUCUCGCUUUCUUUACACCAAUUUAUUAGCUCAACACGCGAACGAACAUAUAGUAAGCAAGCACCGGCCGGACCACAAACCACGCUGCUCUCCUGAUCCCAUAUAAAUUAUCGGGAUUAUCGUAUUUAACCAACGCUUAAUCAGCAUCUAAUGCAUUUUUUCUCGGCUUGACGGGAUAUGUAAUCAUCAGCAUCAUCCGACUAAGACCAUGGUUUUCCCCCGUGGAGGGCGCGAGUCGCCCUCCUGGGGCGACGCGUCUUUUAUUACGUAGGAGUAGUAAUUGGCCAGUUUCCUCACGGAGACUCGGGCUAAGACUUGCCACUUGGCAUGAACCCACGUCGGCCCUGGGGCCGGGCCCACCGCCCUGGUGAGACUCGUGAAGAAACCUUGUUCUUACACGUGGCAAAGCAUCUUCACGAGAGAUCAUGCCAGAUAAAUCAAUCAGUGAAGCGCGCAACGCGUCAUCAUCCACCGUUGGGCCGGGGUAGGCGGAUUGGUGCAGCGGCCCAGCUCCCCUCAAGACGGGGGGGGCCUCACCGGGGAGGUUGAAGUGGUUCACCGAGAGGAUGUAUCCGACGUCAUAUUGGUUAACGACCGCAGUCGAAGCAGCAUCUACCUAAAAUUAUUUCUUAUGUUUUGGCGGACGGUGCGGCGCGGAGACCUGACGGCGUGCCUGUGUUCUUCGCAGAUUCCUCAACGCCGGAAUAUUCGGCUCCGGGGCGGACUCCGGCAAUACGACGCUGCCGCCGGCCGCCACCCGCGCCGCCAUGCUGGUCCGCGUGAACACGCUCCUGCAGGGCUACUCGGGCAUUAGGUUCGAGAUAUUGGAGGCCAUCACGGCGCUGCUGAACAACGGCGUGACCCCCUGCCUCCCCCUUCGCGGCACCAUCACCGCCUCCGGCGACCUCGUGCCGCUGUCGUACAUCGCCGGCAUGCUCACCGGGCGGUCCAACGCGAAGGCGGUCACGGCGGAGGGUAAGCAGGUGUCGGCUGAGGAGGCCUUCCGGCUGGCCGGCAUCGCCGGGGGGUUCUUCGAGCUGCAACCCAAGGAAGGGCUCGCGUUGGUCAACGGCACCGCCGUCGGCUCCGGGCUGGCCUCCAUGGUGCUCUUCGAGGCCAACAUUCUGGCGGUGCUGGCGGAGGUGCUCUCCGCCGUCUUCUGCGAGGUCAUGCAGGGGAAGCCGGAGUUCACGGACCACCUCACCCACAAGCUCAAGCACCACCCGGGCCAGAUCGAGGCCGCCGCCAUCAUGGAGCAUAUCCUCGAGGGGAGCUCCUACAUGAAGAUGGCCAAGAAGCUGCACGAGCUCGACCCGCUCCAGAAGCCCAAGCAAGACCGCUACGCCCUGCGGACUUCCCCACAGUGGCUGGGCCCUCAGGUGGAGGUGCUCCGACAGGCGACCAAGUCCAUCGAGCGCGAGAUCAACUCGGUCAACGACAACCCCCUGAUCGACGUCUCCCGCAGCAAGGCCCUCCACGGGGGAAACUUCCAGGGCACGCCCAUCGGGGUCUCCAUGGACAACUCCCGCCUCGCCAUCGCCGCCAUCGGGAAGCUCAUGUUCGCGCAGAUCUCGGAACUUGUCAACGACUUCUACAACAACGGCCUGCCGUCGAACCUAACGGCGGGGCGCAAUCCGAGCUUGGACUACGGGUUCAAGGGCGCUGAGAUCGCCAUGGCGGCCUACUGCUCGGAGCUGCAGUUCCUGGCCAACCCGGUAACCAACCACGUUCAGAGCGCAGAGCAGCAUAACCAGGACGUGAACUCCCUCGGUCUGAUCUCGGCGAGGAAGACGGCCGAGGCGGUGGAGAUACUGAAGCUGAUGACCUCCACCUACCUGGUGGCUCUCUGCCAGGCCGUCGACCUGCGCCACCUCGAGGAGAACCUCAAGAACGCCGUCAAGAACACGGUGAGCCAGGUGGCGAAGAGGGUCCUCACGAUCGGCGUCAACGGGGAGCUGCACCCCUCGCGAUUCUGCGAGAAGGACCUCAUCAGGGCCGUCGAGCGGGAGCACGUCUUCACCUACGCCGACGACCCAUGCAGCGCCACAUACCCGCUGAUGCAGAAGCUCCGGCAGGUUCUCGUGGAGCACGCCCUCAGCAACGGCGAGAAGGAGAAGGACUCCAACACCUCCAUCUUCCAGAAGGUCGCCGCUUUCGAGGAGGACCUGAAGAUGACCCUGCCCAAGGAGGUGGAGGCCGUCCGGGCGGCGUUCGAUAACGGGACAGCGGCGAUUCCCAACCGGAUCAAGAAGUGCAGGUCCUACCCGCUCUACAAGUUCGUGAGAGAGGAGUUGGGCACCAGCCUUCUCACCGGCGAGAAGGUCCGGUCGCCGGGGGAGGAGUUCGACAAGGUCUACGUCGCCAUCUCCCAGGGCAAGGUCGUCGAUCCGCUCUUCGAGUGCUUGCGGGAUUGGAACGGCGCCCCCAUCCCCAUCUGCUAG